AUGUAUGUUGAUUUUUUCUAUUAUCAGAAAAAGGAUUAUAUUAUAUUGACAAUUGCUGUGCAAGAUAUUGAUAAACCUGAUAUAAAUAUUGAACCAACGAAAUUUCAUUUCAAAGGUCAACAAAUAAAAGGAUCGAAUUAUGAUACAACACUUGAAUUUUUUGAUGAGAUUGAUCCAAAAGCAUCAAAAUAUCGUAAAACAAGUCAAAAUCAUUGGGAAUUUAUGCUUAAAAAGAAAGAUCCAAGCAAACCAUUUUGGAAACGAUUGAUUAAAUCGACAGAAAAAUGUUCAUGGAUAACUGUUGAUUGGAAUCAUUUUGCUGGUGAAGGCGAUGAUGAUGAUGAUGAAAAGGGUAGUACCGGUGGUCAAGAUUGGGGUAAUAUAGACGCAAUGCUUAAACAAAUGGGCGGAGAUGUAAGUGGUGCUGCUGCAACUGGUUCGAAUGAUGCUGAUGAUAAAGAGAUAGACAGUGAUGAUGAACCAAUGCCUGAUCUUGAAGAGGCACCAAAAACGAACGAUGAAAAGGAUAAGUCUGCAACAACAACCAAUUAA